AUGGAAUGUAAUUGGCUUAAGAUUUCACCCAGUUUAAAAAAGGGAAUAGAUUUAAUCAACCUCUUAGAAGAAACAAAGUUUGAACAGUUUCUUAGAAGAAUAGUAUUAAAAUUAAAACAGCAAGAUACAGAAAUUUUUACAGAAGAGGAAAGGAGAAAACUAGAAAAAAUAUUUAGACUCAAUGAAGAACAAUUACUCUUUGUAAUUAAAACAAUUUUAUAUAUAUACAAAAGGAUUCUCAAAUUCAUCUUUAUGCCAAUUAAUUUAAAAAAUGACCUAAUAAAUGUAGGAAUUGAAGAAGAAAAAUCAAAUUUCUUUGUUAAACUGUGGUCAACAGAAACAAGUUUGACAUUACAUAACCUAUCUUCCAUAACAAAUGAAAAAUAUGAAAAUAACCCAAACAUUAAUUGGAAAUUAAACACAGAAUUAAGUUCAGAAUAUCAUAAAAAAACCAAAAUACCUAAAGCAUACAUAUCUUUAAAUGGAAAGAAAGAUAUAACUGAACUUGAAUUGACCCAUCAAGAAUUAAAUUCAAUAUUUUUACAAAUAGAAACAAUUCAAAGUGAACUAGAUAAUCUAAUA